UCGAGAAGUAGUUCGAAUGCUUUGAAGUAAUGAAACGUGUUGUCGUUCUUGGAUGCUGUUCAUGGGGCACUGCUAUUGUUAAAGUGGUGGCAGACAAUGUUGCAUCAUCAGACGAAUUUUUCAACGAGGUUUAUUGGUUUGUAAGAGAUGAGGAUUAUAAUGGUAGAAACUUAAUCAGUUGGAUUAAUGAAGAUCACGUGAACCCCUUAUAUCUGCCGAUAAUCAGAGUUCCUUACAACGUCAUCGCAUUUUCUGAUAUUCAGAAAGUCACCGAAGAAGCAGAUAUUAUUCUGGUUUCUUAUCCUCCUUGUUACAUUACUUGGUUAUUAGAUAACAUGAAACAGUUUAUUAAAGAAAACGCCUAUUUUGUUUCAUUUUGCAAGGGUCUCAUUUUGUGCCCUGAAGAAAAUCGAAUAAAGCUGGUGAGCGAUUUUAUUCGAGAACAAACUGGCAAACGUUGUGUCGUUGUCAUUGGGGCUACGACAGCUAUCGAAGUAGCUAAGCAACAACUUACGGAAGCAACUAUCGGUUCCAAAAGUCUUGAACAUGGACUUGAAGUGAAAAGACUUCUCCAGACAGACUACAUAAAGCUGGUUAUAACUCAAGAUGAUGUUGGUGUUGAAUUGUGUGGUGCACUGAAAAAUGUCGCGAUCGCUGCAGGUAUUUGUAAUGGCCUUGAGCUAGGCAAUAAUACCAAGGCUGCCGUACUGCGUAUUGGCUUCUGGGAGGUAUCUGAGCUUAUGAAAGAGUUGUUCCCUGGUAGAGGUACAAAUUACUUAACAAUAGAGCAAAGCUGCGGGAUAGCGGAAUUAUUUAUGUUUAUGUCUUAUAGGUCUGAAGAAAUUCAGGACAUCGGAUCAGAUUUAGAUUUCUUGAAUAUCAUACUUCGGAGGGAGUUGUCCACUAGUGAGGUAAACAAAUCCUCUCUGCAUUCACUCUCCGCAAAGGAAUUACGCAGGAUUUUUGUAGAUGGAGUCGAAUAUGCCAAACAGAUUUACAACUUACUAGCUGCCAGACGUCGUACGGCACACUUCCCACUAUUUGUUACUGUCCAUCGUAUUUGUCAAAAUGAGGCAAAACCUCAGGAACUUAUUACAUGCUUACAGUCUCAUCCAAUUCAUGCUGAACACCAGUUCGUCAACAAAUGGGUAAACAGCCAAUGCCGAUAUCCGCCUUUAUCUUGAAAUCUAACCAGUUUCACAUCUGAGCAACUAUAUUAGUUGUCAGAACAUUUGCAGUCUUUGAACACCAGAACUCACUUGUUCUGCCUUUUGACUAACAUCUAAUUUUUUUGCUACUAACUGUCAAAUAACUGAUUUUGCACAUCCGGACUUUGAUUUAUUAUCAUCUACACUAAUAUUCGACUACCCCAAUAAAAACCUGC